CAUGUGUUAGACUGACCAGAAAGUAUUACUCUUUGAGACUGACUCUUUUGAAUCAAAUUGACUGUAGUUUUUCAUAUUAAAAGUUGGGAAAUUUUUAUUUGCAUUUGUGCUUAACUCUGAAUACAAUAAAAACUCAGGCUUGAAACGGAAUUACUUAACACCGUGUAAUGAUGCUAUAACAUUUAUCUUGGUAGUGAUAGCCUUAGUGAACCUCAGAUAAGAGCCGUCUGUUAACCUUUUUCUCUAGUGACUGACAAAUUUUUGAGUACCUAGUAUAUCAAAAACUCAACUUUAUUUUUAAAAGUGUGUUAAUAUGGAUUCAUUAGAAAGUGAUGAUCAACUAACAAUAAUUAAUAGAUCAACAGAACAUCGUAUUAGUAAAAAACUAAUUCGUAGAAUACCUUAUUUUGAUAAGAUGCUGAGCCAUGAAUGUUUGGAAUCCAAGGAAAACAAAGUUGUAUUGGAUUUUGAUGAAAAGACUUUCAAAAUGAUUCUCGAUUGGAUUGAAAUGGGUCUUAUGUACAUUAAGAUGGAUAACGUAAUCAAUCUGUGUAACAUGGCUGAUUAUUUUGGAAUCAACGAUGAUUUGGUAAAGGACUGUGUCACCUACUUUCAUGAAAAUUUUCGCAUUUCAAAUCUUCCAGUUAUUAUUCCUCAAGUGACUUCGACUUCUAAAUUGGUCAAUUCGAGUGCUCUGAAUGCUUUCAUCUGUCGCCAUUUUCUGAAAAUUGUCAAGCCGGCCUUUUGGUGGGAUUUUCCCUUCGAAACAAUUGAUUACAUUUGUAAGCUCGACCUGAUGAUUGAUUCAGAGAUUACAGUUUUCGAUGCAACUAUGGAAUGGGUAAUGAAAUGGGACCAUUACUCUAAAAAGUCACAUGUUAAAGUAUUGCUAAAUUCAUUCCGAUGGUGUCAUAUGGAAUCUAAACAUUUAACUAAAGUAAAGGAAAAUACACUCAUCAAAUAUGAAGGCUUUGAACCAAUAUUAUGCUCCCCUAGAGAUGUUGAUUGUGAUUGUAUUUUCAAUCGAACUAAACAAGAGUAUUUUAUUGUCAUUGAAAAGUUGAUGGAUACAGAUUUGCGAAUCAAGGUACUUGACAGUAAUUUUCUGCCAUUAGUUAAUCAGGUUGUUCAAUUAGACGCUUCAAUGCCGAUGAAUGUCUUUCAUGAUGAACAUAUUUCUGAUAUUUCAUUUGAUUCUGGAAGGAAAAUGGUUCGAGUUGAUUGGAAGCAGAAUAAAUAUCGUUUGCUGGAUUCUGAAGCAUAUGUGUCGCAUCAUUCUGAAAUUGCUAAAUGCUUUGAGUCAAGAUUUGUUCCGACACAUUACCAAGAUACACAGAAUCCCAGCAGUUGUGAGAACAUUUACGGAAGUUCACUCCUCGAAGCUAAUGGAAAGUUUGUUUUGCUGCGCAUAGACGAUGGACUUGUUGCUUAUUGGUCGGAUCCGAAACCUGGAAACAUUGAGUUUAAACUGUUUGAAGAUGAAAACAAUUUCAUUUCUACUAUUUUGGGCGAAAAUAUUUACAUAAUUACUGAAAACUCUGAUUUCAUGACAUUCAAAAUUGGUCGAGAAGGAGAGUUUGAAAUUGAUGACUUAAAAAAGUUAGCUGAACAAUUCAAGUUCGAUGAUUUUUUUAUAGCUUCUAGUCAAGUUGGAAAUGAAAUUUUUUUGGUUGACAAGUUCACGAAAAACGUCUUUCGUUUCAGUUGGUUUUUUGAAGAAUGGGAUCCUAUCGGUCUUCUGAUUAAUUAUGAUUGUAGCCAAACUGGUGGACAAAAGGAGCUUAGUGAAUUGUUAACAUUCACCACAGCUUUUUUAUCGAUAAAUGCUAUCAGGCCUUGCUUAAAACGUAAACUUGAUUCGAUGAAUUGACGACAGUCAUUAUGCCACAUCUUUUGAGCAUCAAACUGCCUAAAUUGUACUGAUAAACAUGUUGAACACUAAAAAGAUGCUAAUAAAAAUCGUGUCAAUUUGA